AUGGACGACGAAGAUGAGAGGGCGGAACGAGGCGUUGCGGCUUCUUCGAUCAUUCGUGAGGUCGACAAGAAGAUAUGGCCGGGAAUCCUGCGCGCAGAUUUCAAUAGAUACAGCCAAAUUUACGAAAAAUACUAUCUGUGUCUUGACGAUCAGUUCUCAUCGGCCCAACGGAAACCAACUUUAUACACUGCGCGUACUGUUGAAGAUCUCGGCGAUGUGCUUCACCAUAUGCGAGGACCAAAUGAGAGGACAAAGGCCGAUACUACAACCGAUCAAUCCCAGGCUUCAUAUAACACCAUUGACGUAGCCGUUCGCAUGUGGCUUACGAUCCACGUUCAACACUCGAACAUUCAAUCGUCCGAAUACUAUCACUGGCCUGAAAACAAGACUCUGUCAAAUUCCCUCGAAGAAUGGAUAAAUAUUCCCCAGGGUUUCUCGGUUCCCAAUCUGAUUCGAUGUUACAAGAUGAAGUUGAUCUGGACUAGCGAUUUACUACAACAUCUAAAGGUUGACUGGGAGCACAACCACAUAAAGGUUUACGAGCAUGGAAUUUGUUUACGAAACCAUAUGCAAAACCCUGGCUUGUGUCCUCUCCCGGGGGAAUUCGUUAGAGAAGCAGUUGACACGUUAAUACUGCUAUUCCCCAGAGGCAAGGAUACUGACGACUUUUUAUCAAAAGAGAGACGGACGAUCUUGGACGUUCCGUAUGGUCGUUCAAGAUCAUUGGCCUUUUCGAAUUAUCACUAUUGGAGGCUAAACCUUUCCGAACUGGUUACUUACUGGGAAAAGGGCCCUAAGGGGCUAUCCCAGGUAAGACUCAAACCUGAUCAUGGAAACCUGGCGGAAUACAUUACCUUUUGGGUAGCUACACUUGUUCUUUUUCUUACUAUUCUGAGUAUUGCGUUCGGUGUGGCUAGUCUGGUGUUUGCAAAGAAAGCGUUGGACGUCAGCAUUCAGUCGCUUGACGUGACUGUUCAGUCGUAUAAUCUGGCGCUGGCGAUAGCUUGUGCAGAAAAGAAUGCGACAGAGACCCUGCCUGGUUUCUGUAAGUAG